AUGGAAAGGGAUCGAGUUGCUGGAUCUUGCAACUCCCCUCCCUAUUUUGACGGCAAUAACUAUGCUGCAUGGAGAGAAAAAUUUGAGAUAUUCCUUGAUGCUCUUGAUGAGUAUGCAAGUGGGUAUCUCACAAAAGAGUGGGUUGCUCCGGUCAAGACUGUUGAGGGUGAACUUGUGUCCAAGCCUAGGUCAGAAUGGACUGAAGCUGAGGUGUUUGCUGCAUAUUCGAACAAGAAGGCCAGAAAUGCCUUAGUUACAGCUUUGUCUAGCACACAAUUUGCACAUAUACAACACAUCCCUAAUGCUAAACAAGCUUGGGAUAAACUAAGGGUAGUUCAUGAAGGGGAUGACCAAGUUAGAACCCUAAAACUUCAGAUGGUGCUUGCACAAUUUGAAGAACUUAGAAUGUCUGAAUCUGAGUCCAUUUCUGAGUUCUAUGGAAGAGUUGAGAUGAUCACAAAUGAAGCCAUGAGUCUAGGUCAACCCAUUGAAGAGCUUCUUGUUGUUCAGAAAAUUCUUCGUGUUCUACCAUCUAGGUUUAGAGCAAAGAAAACCGCAAUCAUGGAGGUCCAAAAUUUAAAUGAAAUUAAGCUUGGCAAGCUUGUAGGAAAAUUGAAAACCUAUGAGAUGGAAUUGAAUAUGGAAGAGAAUGACUCCAAAAAAUCAAAAAAUGUUGCACUUCAAGGAGUGCAUGUUUCGUCUCCGAAAGGUGGUGAUAAAUCCUCAGGUUUUGAGGAUGAGAUGGCUUGUUUGUCAAAAAAUUUAGGAGAAUUCUUAAGGAUAAGGGAAAGUUUGCUAGAGACGGCAGCUCUGGUAGUGAGAAAAAUUUUAGACCAUCAACUGAUCGGUUUAAUGAGAGGAAUAAGGAUGUCAAACCUUUCACGAAAGAUUUUAGAAAAUCUGUCAAGUGCUUCACAUGUGGAGGCAUUGGGACACUAUGCUGCUGACUGUGCAAACAAUCAGAAAAAAUACUCCAAAGGAAAGGACAAGGCCAUGAAAGUGAGCUGGAGUGAGAGUGAAAGUGAAGGCUCUCAAGAUGAUUCAUCCUCCUCUGAUGAUGAUGACCAACAUGUUGCCUUUGUUGCCUCUGUACAGCCCAUGUCUGAUGAAUCUGAUUCUGAGUCAGAUGACCUGUCAUACGAGUCAUUAGGAAGAAAAUAUGAUUGUUUGUUUAAAGAGACCUUGUCCUUGAAAGAAGAGAGCCUCAAACUUGAGGCAAAUAAACAAGAUCUUCAAACAUGA